AUGAACAGUUCGGAAACUAAGUCUGAAAUCUCAAGCCAGGCUUGGAGGAAGAAACCUCGACAAUUCGCUCCAAAGUCCAGGCUAGGCUGUAAAACGUGCAAAAUACGACGAAUCAAAUGCGACCAGGCUCGACCAUCAUGUCAGAAGUGUCAGUCUACAGGACGGACUUGCGAUGGCUAUGAUGUGGCGCCACACCUUGUCGAGGCUGAUGUGAAGAUGAGCCAGCAUCAUCACUCAGAUGCUAUUGCAACAGCGACCCACGGCUUACCCAACUCAUCCACUGCUUGGAGUGUUCAGAAGACACCACAUCCACGUUAUCAAAGACAACAAAGCCUGAUUUUGCACAAUCCGGGAGCGUUGAUGUUGCUGCCAGUGGAUUCAGCUCAGGCAGAAGCCAUGUCAUUUUUCGAAGUCAUCUCAGUCAAUCAUCUGAACGAGUACUACCCGAGCCAGUCAUGGCGUGAAACCCUCAUGUUCUUCUCCCAAACAACACCAUCAGUACGACAUGCUGCCGUAGCCUUGUCCCUGAUUCACCGAAGCUACCACGAUAGCUGUUCCAGCCACUCGGAAUAUGGGGCAUUGUUCCAUUACAACAAAGCUAUCCAGCUGUUUCUGUCACAAGAAAGUGGUGAUAACAUCGAAGUGAUGGCAAUCGCACUAUUAGUAUGCUACCUGUUUACAAGCUUUGACAACUUGGCGGGCAAAUAUCAACGGGCCAUGAUACAUCUUCAAGGAGGAGUCAAACUCUCGCGCAGCAUCACUGAUGCCAUGCUAGACAGUAGUAGCGUCUCCAGCGCGAACGUGUUUCUCAUAGAAGUUGUGAAGCAGCUGAGGCGUCUCGAUAUGCAAGCUGGUGCAUAUCUAGUCGGUUGGAGCGCGGACAAUACGCAGGAAACUCCCGAACAAGAAGCCUUGUUCCUGAACAAUGCAUUUGAUUCAGUGGAACAUGCCGCCGAUUGCCACCAGGUGCUAAUUGCGCGAGCCAUGAGUUUGCACUGGAUGGCACAAGAGGCAUCCUUCACAGCAGGCGUACCUCCCAUCGCUUCUAAACAGCUUGUCAUUGAACAACUGGAGACGUGGUCGCAUCUUUUUGAACACAUGCUAAGCACAACAAACCAUCAUGGUGAUAUCGGGAUCAGCCGUGUUGAAAAGUUGUUGCGACUUCAGAAUACCGUUCUUUGGAUACUUGUCAGUAGUCUCGGACCGGGUAGAGAGAUGGAGUAUGACAAAUUCCUGCCUGAAUUUCAGCGAUGCGUCAAAAUAGUAGACGAAGUCGCAUUUGGGCAUCAGCGCCACGAAGGAUCGUCAAAACCGAGAUUUACACAAGACGUAGCUAUUGUUCCCAUUCUUUAUAUCAUUGGAGCCAAAUGUAGGGAGCCUGGGGUUCGGCAAGGGGUGUUGAGGAUCCUGCGACGGCAGCGACUCCGCGAGGCAGUCUGGGACAGUGCCUUUGCUGCAAGAGCUGUGGAGAGGAUAGCGGAGAUUGAACAAGACAAGAUUGGAGGGGGAUGUAUAGAGACUAUGGGGGAAAUAGAAGUGUCGCAGAGGGUCGAGUGUGUGUCUUGGGAGCAAGUGAUCAACAACCAGGGGGCAAGACUGGAGUUGGAGUAUACACUCUGCAAACAAGAGAGAAGAUACACCGAGUCUUUGUUUGUUCAUUGA